AUGAAAGCAAAGGCAAUAGUCAAUCAAUAUAAGGGGGAACCAAGUAAAGAAGAAGCUUUAGCAAUUAGGAAUGCAAUGCUGAUGGCUAAACAGGUAGGAUGGACUAAAAUUACAAUCCAUUCGGAUAGCAAAUCAGUUAUUGACCAGAUACAUAGUGGCCAUGAGUAUGAUAGUACCAUUGCAACUAUUCUGGAAGAUGUGCAGGAUUUGACUUCACAUUUUGCAAGCUGUAGGUUUGUGUGUAUAUCUAGAACAGAAAAUGAAAUUAGCCAUGCUCUAGCUCAGUUUGCUAUUCAGCUAGUGAAUGAUAUUGAAUGGGAACAAGAUUUCCCAGUUUGGCUGAUGGAUUUAGUGAGGAAGCAAAUGAGGGUAGUUGCCCCUUUUUAUAAUUAA